CGCAGGCGUAUAAUGGCAGCCAUCCGCGAGAGAGAAUUCCGUGGUGCAAAUCAUUCAUUGUGUUUAUUGUUAUUGUUUUAAUUUCAAUAAUUUCUGACUUAACCUUAAUCUCAUCUUAAUGAAUGGCAUGAUACAAUAGAUAAUGGCUGAAACACUCAACGACUCUGUCGGUAAAGACCCUUUGCAGGAUGUUUUUAUUGCCAAGACGUUAUCUAAAAAAAUAACAGCUGAGAGCACUGUUGUCAGUGUUGUAAACAAUGAAGACUUGGCUGUUAUAAACAAACAGCAUCAAAAUGGUAAAAAGUCCGAAAAUCACAGUAUCGAUAAUGGCGUUGUAAAGCAGCUAGAUCUAGAUGGGAUUGAUGAAAUAAAUGAACAACAUGUACAUAUUCUUAACCAGGAUUGUGUGAAAUGGAAUAAUAAUGGUGAGAAUACUGGUUUAAGUCUUAGCCACUUCUGUGAUUCCUACAUUAUUUCAGAGGAAACAGUUAACAAUAUUUCAGAUAAAAAUACACUUCAUUCUAGUUCUGAAAGUGCCAAUGAUAAAAAUACUCAUCAGGCUAACAGUGAAACUUCAAUAAAAAAUGAGGAGCAAACCAUUAAUACAAAAGGAAAGAAGGGAAUAAGCUUCCCAAAAGAUACAUUUAUUUCAGGAUAUUUUGAACCUCCUGAUCCUUGGAAAGAUGCUUCACCUUGGACAACUGAAGAACUAAUUAGUGCUUACAAGAAAAGCUGUGAGCUUCAUGGAACUAAGCCAGUUGGGAAAAUCAUACAACAGUUACAAGUAAUAUCUUCUUCUGGGAAAAGGGAGGACUUGUUUAGCCUAAAAGGUGAGAAACUUGACCAAAAGCAAUGUGAAUGUAUAGAAGAGAUAUUCAGAAGAGUGCAGUUCAAAACUUUAGACUUGGAAGCAAGCCAUCUAGAUGAUGAGUGUGCAACAGCUUUGUUUGACAUGAUUGAAUACUAUGAAACAGCUUGUCAACUCAACAUCUCCUUCAAUAAAAACAUUCAGGCCAGGGGCUGGCAGGCUUGCUCAAGGCUGGUCAGAAGGACUCCGAAUCUCACCUAUCUAGAUAUUCGAAACUGUGAUUUGAAUGAAAGAUUUGUCCCUAUAUUUGGUCGCGCUUUAAAAUUGGGAUGUCACUUGACUAUAUUACAUAUGGAAUGUUUGGCACUGUCAGGGAGACCUCUUGUUAUUUUAGUUGCUGCAUUAAAGGCAAAUGAAACACUGCAAGAGUUAUUUUUAGCAGAUAACAAGUUGAUGCCAACAGAUGGGGUUCAAUUAGGGAAUUUACUGCGUUACAACCAUAAACUGAGUCUGUUGGAUUUACGCAACAAUCAUCUACAGGAUGUGGGGACCAGUCACCUAUGUGAUGGUUUGCUGGAACAGAAUCUUGGUAAAGGUCUUCACACUCUUGUUUUGUGGAACAAUCAAAUUAAUUACCAAGCCAUGUCUGCACUUGGAAGAGCAUUGGCCAGUAGUGAAUGUUUGGAAACCUUAAAUAUUGGACACAAUGCCAUUACAAAUGAAGGUGUUCACUUAUUAAAAGAUGGCCUUCUGAAAACAAAUUCUUUGUUGCGGCUAGGUCUUCAAGGAACAAAAAUAUCUGAUGAGGGAGCUGUUGCUUUGGCAGAGUACAUAGCAGAUAGUAACAUACUGUUACGUAUUGAUCUACGAGAAAAUGAUAUUAAGACUGGUGGACUUAUGGCAUUGUCACAUGCUAUGCGUGUGAACACUUCAGUCACUAGAAUUGAUUUGGACAAAGAGCCUAAAAAAGAAUCUGGUAUAAAAGAUUAUGCAGACCAACAAAGUCGACUUCUCAGAGAUAUAUUAACUUUCCAACAAAGAAAUAUUCAAUCUACAAUAGAGAAGGAAGAACAAGAAAGAAAGAAACUGGAAGAAAAGGCAGAAGCUGCCAAGAAUGUGGUCCUCCUUGAAAAUGUCCAGGAGAUUGUGGACAAUGCUAUCAAUGAAUCUUUCACUGUCAUUGAGGAAGAAGCCCAAGAUGCAAGUGAAGAGAAGUUUAAGAAAGACAUAGAAAAUUUUAAACUGAAAGAUGAAGCAGUUCAUAAUUUUUCAGAACCUUUAGUGGAGGCAGUGGAAGUUAUUGAAGAGACAGCAGCUAAAAUCUCUACUGUUGAAAAACCUCACCACAGACCAAGUCAGUUGUUUCCAUACAAACACCUGCAUCCUCAGGAGACACUGGAUUCUCCAAUUCCAACAACUAAUGAGAACCCAUUGAUUGCUGUCAUGACAACCCCUCCAGUGGUGCCACAAACCUCUCCGCAACUUUACAGGGCAGAGAAUAAUCUUUUAUCCUCCAUUGUGAGUGCUUCUCCCCCAGAGAUGAUUCUAAGCCCGCAAUACUUUCCAAAGCAGAUAGCUCGUAAAAUAUUUUCAGUGAGCCGUGUGGAUGAAGACCCCUCAUGGUCAAAACUAUCAACUUCCCCCACUCCUUCUCCGAUGGCUGGCUUCGAUCCACUUAACAUUUCUCCUGUUCCACUGGUGUCUACAUUGUCAUUGUCAAGUGCUCGAUCCUUUGAGUCAACCACAUCUCAUUCACCUGUGAUUGUACCACAAAUGACUCAGGGAGCACCCCAGCAUUCCACUAACAUUAGUCAACCGCAGCUGUCUAGUCCACAUAGCUCUGAACUCCAGAGCUUUUCUGAGCAGCUGCUGGUUGCAUCAGAUAUGGCUCAUUCUGGUUGUGGUAGCCCACACCUGUUACCUUGUGAUACUAAUGAUGAUGAGACAAAUGUACCUUGGUCUCAUACCUACAUUAACGACUGUGAUAAACCUGAACUUAACUCAGCAGAAGUCACCACUGAUAAUAUUUCUUUGACAACAGAUAACAAGAUUGAAUCAAAGGCAGAAAGGGUUGUGAAAGAUGGUAGUAGCUUGCAUGUCUCACUGCAUGUUAACAAUGGCUCUGAGAGUGCACUUGUUGAAUCUUUAUACAAUUCAAAUGAUUCCUCUGAUAAAACCCCUGACUACAUGCAGAAGGAUUUUUCUAAUGUUUUACUUAAAGAUAUUCCAGAAAAUGACUCUAAUCCAGAAAGUGUUUCCCUUGUAAGUAGUUUAAUUGAUAACCUAUCAGAAUUCAAAACAGAAUCUUCUGUGCAGCAAAAUGUCUUAGACAGACUAGAUCCUGUUACCUCAGCCAUCACUCAGCAGGCAGCUCAUCUUCAUAAGGGUGCAGGGGAUGUUGUUCAGUUGAAAGAUGGCCAAGAAAGUAUAUCUCCACAGACUAUUGUUCCCCUAUCCACUAAUACAGGUGGUGAAAAUAGUCAGUCACCAGCACAUCUUACUACACCCAGUGACUUGACCCUCAUUCAAAAUGAUUCUGAAAAUGUGAACUCUUCUAAUUCCAUCCAACCCUUACAUAUUUCUGGCCCCUUAUUACAGCUAUCAAAUGGAGAGUCCAGUUGUUUGAGUGAACUGGCCAGCAGCCAGCUUCAAGAUGAAGAGAUUUCAUUGUUAGAAACAUUUCCUGCCAUGCAACUAUCACCAGAAGCUGUACAGGAGAACAUUAUCUGUGAUAGCCUUGACAAUGAUAUAGAGACAGUUGACUAUAGUAGUAUAGAUGAGGAACCUUGGCUAGCUGUGGGUGUUGAAACUGAAAGUGAUUUGGAUAGAUCCUCCAACUCUGCAAAGCAACCUGAUUUCUUUACCACACUCUCUUCUAAUGGAUUUACACAGGAACUGGCCAGUGCUCUCAACAAUUUGGAUGGUUCUAAUGGAUACUAUGAAGAAGAAAAUAAUUUUGAUCUGCAGACUCCUGAUGAAUUUGAAAGAGAAUUAGACUCUAUGCUGGCUGUAGUUCAUGGGGAUCUACCUUGGUCUUUAAAAGAUUCCUGAGAAUAACUAUCAAUUGAACAUUGCUGAUGUCUCAUAGAGAGAUGAGAAUGAUGAUUUUAGAGUUUUCAAUUCAAAGUUGGUGUGAUCUAAUGUACUAAACAGGCAUUUUUAAGACACAUGAGAUUAAUUACUACCGAUAUUUGGAACAUUGGCGGCUAGAACAAUUUUUCUGGCAUGUUUGAAUGGUGGAACCAAAAGUCAAACUUGACUCUACAAAUUUUGAUGUUAUACAAAUCAGUCUUACAUGUUUUUUUAAAAAUCAUAUUAUAAAUCAAGUUGGUUUGUUCUAGUAGUAAUUUUAAGCGCUUCAUGUGAAUGAUAAUAUUGCAAUUGUUUAUAUGUUUUUCUUGUUCUUUUUUUUUUAUUUCAAAAAAGACUUGAGAGAGACAUACAUUUGUAAAAGCACACUUUAACAAGUGGUCUUACGAUAUUACUGUUCAAUUACAUUAUUUUAAAUUGCAUAUUUCAUGUUUUCUUGAAUGCCUUAGUUUAUAGAUAUACAUUAGACUUAGAAUAGCGUUGUACACAAUAUUCUUCUAUUUCUUUGCUAACUCUGCCAUCCUUUCAUACAAUCACAUUCAACUUGCUUUAAACUUACUUGCUAAAAAUAAACAAGCUUUACUUUUUGAAUGUCAUGAACAAUUGUUAUCCCAAGCAAAUUUAUUCUACUUUGAUUGAACGCUCAAUAAUUGGGCCAUUUACAUCCUAGCACAGUUGAUGAGUGUGCUUGCUGUACUUUGGGGAGAGGUGCAUUGACAUUACAUAUUCAUACAGUAUGAGUACUUUUAGUGUACUUUUACACAUUCUGUGUUUAUCUCAAAUAUAAAAACUAUGUAUGAUUGUAUAAUUUAUAGUUUGUCUGGCAUUUAAUAUAUUAUGCAUUUGUUAUGAUGUUGGGGAUAUAUAUAUAUUUUUUUUUAAAAUCUGUUAGGUAUAAUCCAAAACACAACAGCUUGAAGUGCAAACUACAACAUUAUAAAGAAAUCUAAACAUUUUGUAAAUAGCUUUUGGUCUUGUUCCAUUGUCUUUCUGAUAGGUCUUGAGUUAAAGUAUACAGGCCUGCUUUUGUCUUAAUGUUUUUUCUGUCCCAAAUCAUAUUGGUUGUUAGAAACAUUAUCAGACGUGAGAGUAACUUCUUUUAGAAAAUAUUUGUGAAAAAAUAAAGUAUUACCUUAAUGUUGAUUCUAAUAGGCAAAUAUUGCACUCUUAAAAACAUGAAUUGAAGGUAUCGUUUUUAAUCAAAACAUUCUGCAGCAUUUGAUGGCAAAUUUAAAAUGUCCUUAUAGCCUUUGUGAGUUUUAGUUUUUAAAAUAAAAUUUUAAUUUGUCUUUACUGACUUGUGGUAAAAAUAUAUUUAAAAAAUGUUUCUUGGUUCUGUUCAUUCACUUUAUUAAAGAAUUGACUGCUGGUACAGUUGUGUGGAAUGUAUUGAAAAAAAUAUUUGUUCAGAUAACUUUUGAGUUAUUUCAUUUUUUAAAAAUUGUUGGAUAUGAAAAAUGUCUUUAUUUACAACUUUUGUAGACAUUGGCACUUUUCUGGGUUUUUAUUUGGUUUUGUUGUAUUAGUAGAGUUAGUUUGCAGUGAAUCUAUUUAAGAUGUGAAACUCUUUUGUCUGAUGAAUGAAUAGUACACUUUUUCAGUCUUUUUUUUUAAUACUGUAUGGGGAAAAUGUGUUGAUGUUAUAAAUACUAUUGAUAAGAUCCAGACAAAAAAAAAUUCCAGUUAAAAGUUGCCAAUUUAAAAUAAUCUUUAACCUAAAAACAUUUACUUGAUCACUUAUCAUAUAUUUAUGUGAUUCCUAAGCUAAUACAAUCAUGCACAGUUUAAUAUUGGUAGGUAGGAAUAUUUGGAUAACUAAUUUUACAUAUUCUGUUUUGAUUAGUAGAUCUAGUAGUAUUAUUUGUGGUAAUGAAGCUUAGUGGUGACAUUGUAAGGAAAAUAAUUUGGAGACAUAGAGAAUAUAAACCGAUUAAGUCUAGCAACUUUCUCUAAUACCAAAUAGAAAAUAAAAUGUUAUGCUUGCCUGUUUAGUCAUGAGGUUAGAGUUAGGACUAGAGUUAACAUUGAAGGAGGCCAAUCAGCUAUUAAGUUAAGACUAAGACUUAACAUUGAAGGCAAAAAAUAUUCUCUUUUUUUUAUUCUUAGGAAUGAAGGCUUUAAAAAAAAAAAAAAAAGUCAAUCUGAAUAUAUUACAAUGCUGAAGAUGUUCAGAAUAAUGUAAUAGUGUUUUUUUGGGGAAUUCAUGUUCUAGUUGUCAUUUCAGUCUAGGCCAUUGGUUGUCAUGUUCUAGUUGCCAUUUCAGUCUAGGCCAUUGGUUGUCAUGUUCUAGUUGUCAUUUCAGUCUAGGCCAUUGGUUACUAGCAGAAGUCUGGUGAGUUUAUUUCAUGUGUUGUUCUGAUUGUGUAAAGAAGAAAUUCUCUCAUUUUUCAGUGAGUAAAUGAAUGUAGUAAAAAAAUAAUUCUAACAGAUCAAUUGAAGCACCACAUUAGAAGCAUGCAGUCUCUAGAACACUUAAUGUAAUGUUGAUUUUUACUCAAAAGUUAUUGGGUCAAAGGUACAUACUAAAGUUAUCAAAAAAAAAUUUUUUGUGCUCAUGAUAGUGUAAAAAGUUAUGGAAAAGGGGCUUAGAAAGAGGUUCUGUAAGGUUUGAAAAACUUUAUGGUCAUUUAAAUAUGGCUUGUGAUUUAUAAUAUUUUAUUUUGGUGGUCUGACACUAUUAGCACCUUUGUAUGUGACAUUGUUUUAAGGUGGAUGACAGAAAACUAACCAAGUGACAGAAAAUGGGUCCACAAGCAGCAGCACACAUUUACUAUGGUUGAACAUUAAAAACCAAAUAAGAUUCACAUUUUUCUUCAGUGUUUAGAUAACAUCUAACUACUUGAAGAGGGUUUAUUUGCUUCUAAUUAUGUGAUGGUUCUUUGCAAUAAUAGCUUUAUAUUCUUUGAUUAUUCUUAAAAUAAUUAUACUAUAAAAGAAAUUUUCUUCUGCAUCUUUAUUGCUUAGAAGACUUUUAUUCUUAAAUUGUAUUCCAGAAUUUAGUUUCUUGAAAUCAAUUGAUGAAGGACAUUAACAGAAAAUUGAGAUUUUCUGAAUAUGUCCAACUUUAAUUCUCCUUACCUACCCAGUGCUGCUACAAAUCUGAGAUGCAAAUGUUUAGACUCCACAUAGAAACAUUCAUCAUCGCAGGAGUUAAAGUGUCAGUUUAGUAAAUACAUUUCAUUACUUGUUGGUGGCUUAGUACAUGUACUGAGUAGUCAGGGUCAUUGGCUAGUAGAGACUGUUCCACUCUAAAUUGUGUAUAUUUGUGGACAUUGUUAAGUCACAAUGCAAUAAUGUCAACUUUGAUAACUCUUUCAAAACUCUGUUGCUUAAGAUUCCUGAUGUUGAUAAGGAGUACACAGGUAAAGUGCAAUAUUGUUGUUAUUUGAUUUUUUUUUUAAGAAUGAUAGCUAAAAAAAAAUCUUAGACUAUUAAAUGUUAAAUAUUGAAUGAAAGGUUUAAUAGGCCUGAAAUUAUAGGUUUAUUUUUUUUACAUGAAACUUAUUUUAGGUUAGAUCUCUUUGUUAAAUGCUACAGAAUUGUAAACAUUUUAUCCAUUAGUAUUAAUCAAAAUUGGAGAAUUUUGACAUAAAAAUUUUUUUUUUUAUGUUUAUUAUUACAAUUUGUUAAAACUCAGAAGAAAAACAAUGUUGUUAUACUUACACUGUUGUACAUAGAAAUGUUGAUAAACAAAUGGUACAUAGAAAAUGAAAGGGACGGAAAAAAACUACUCUUAAAAUUUUUGUUCUGCUUUGUCUGUGCAUUGAUUCUUGACUCUCUCACAAUAGUGUUUUCUUGUGUAUAUAUAUUCUACCUGAUAGUGUUUCACUGUGCAAUUAUUUUUAAUUUCAUCCUUACAUUGAUGAGAUAGCACAUUUUGCAGUCAGUUAUUAAGAAAUAAAUGGAUAAACCAUU